UUUGUUAUAAUUACUGUUCUUGUCAUUUUACACUUUUAUUUGACUGUAUUUAAAAAGCCUAACCAUAGACUGGGGCUGCAAAAUUAUCCAUUGGCUAGAAGUCUGUGUAGAGCAUCUGUAAUGUUAUCUUGCAUUGUUCCUGUUGAAUAAACACUCAAAUAAAUACGAAUUAACAGAGGAUACCAAGAAACAAAAACUCAGACCUUGAAAAAAACGCAGUCUUUGGUAUCCUGUAAAUGAUUUAGUGCAUUUUAAAAACAGAACCUUGAAAUUAAUAGAUUAAUAGAAUUAAUAGAAAUAAAGUUUAAAUUUAAACCGCCAAUAGUUGUCGCUACUACCGAAGUAAGUCAUAUGUGAAUAGUGGUGAGUCAUUAUUGAUUUCAUUGAACCGGUUCAAAUAGCGGAUUCAUCUAGGAAUUAUUUUAAUUAAGACCUAACCCGACAAUAUUAUAUCUAAAAUUUAUUUCGCAACAAUAACUUGUUGUAUAAAAUCAAUUUUACUUUAGAAUUGGACAUGCUGGUAUUGGUAAAAAAAACAUAAUCUUGUGCUUUUGCAAAGUGAUGUGCGUUGUGGGAUAAACGCAAUAAUUAUAAGAGUUACUUUUUUUUAAAUAGCCAGAAGUCUAAAACCUGUACGACAUUGGUCAUCAAAAUAAAAUUACAAUAAUUAAACAACAUAAUUUUCUUAAAUUUCUCUUUUGAAUUCCCCUCUGCAUUCCAAGCUCUGUGUGUAUCUGUGUGUCAAUUUUCCUACAUGGUAUUAUAAAGUUUUAUACGUUUAUAAACUCAUAGUAACGGGUGUGUCGAGUUAAAGAUAUGCUUUCUGCAUUCAGACUGGCGCGCGGGUUACCUUACCUACAUUGACCAAUCAUGUGCGGUUUACGUUCGAACGUUUACAACUUUUACUUUGAAAUUUUCACACAGAGACCCGCCUCUUACGUCUCCUGCUUCUCGUUUCAAAUUCGAAUCGAUAGUGUAGCGCUCGGAAAUCAGACACGGCCGAUUUGCUUUGCGAAUAUCCAUCUUGUGUUGGUAAACGGCGUGUGCUACAGACUGCUUUGCCGAUUGAAAAACGUGAUCGGGAAACAGUUUGCCAGAAUAUACCCUGACCGGGUUUGCGGAAUAAAACCUGCUCCCGACUAGGUUAGGUUAACGGACUAUGUUACUCUGGUUACUCACUCGGAGUAUAAAAUACCUCGAUUUCUGAAAUGGGCUUGACUUACCCCGCGGUCGCGGAUUUGACAUACCUCACGUUCUGAAACCAAAAACCCUGAGUAUUCCGUUUUCUGGGGUUGACUUACUCUGAGCCUACAAUUGAUAAUUAUCGGAUAUCGGAUAAAGCGGUAGAAAAUGGAAUGGAAUGUUCCCUUCAAUAUCUCCCUAAAUAGCCAGCUGAGCAAUUAAGCGCUCUGAGGUGACGUCCCCUGGGUCCUAAUGUCCUAACCCAUACUUAUACAUCAAAGUGAAACUUAUAUAAACUCACAGUAAAUACACAACAGUCUCCAGAAUUAGUCACGGAAUUACUUAUUAAAACACAGAUAAACACAGUGACAGUGAUGGAGAGAAAAGGGUUAAAGCCGUCAGGUGCCCAAUAAAGGAAAAAAGAAAAGAAGAAGAGGAGAAAAGAGCAAAAGUUAAAGGAAUGCAAUCCGUUCUCUCUGUAUGAUUACGGUAACGUUAUCAUGUCAUCAAAGAUGCUAAUGUUAAUUGGUGGUAUAACGUUAACUCUUACGUUUGUUAGCCUUCUUGCUAUGAUGCUUGCUAUGCUUUUACAACAAUAAUUCUGUCUUAACUCAACAAACACGAGAUCUCAUUUCACCGUAAGAUUGUGCUUUGCAACAAAACUGUUUCAAGUGGUUAUUAUUUAUUUUCCAUCAUUUGGGUUAAUGUUGAGCCCUGUAAUUAGCCAAUGGAAUUUACAAAUGUGCAGGACGUUUCAAAGACGAACAUUUGUUGUGACAAAUAAUAUAAUUCGAGGCAGUAAAGGAGCUAAUUGUUACUCCCUUAGAUUAGAUUAAUAUAGCGUCAUGACAGACAUUUGGCAUGUCAUGUUUAUUUAAAUUUGCAAUUCAUAAGAGUUUUAUUGUAGCCUAUUCAAUUGCAAUUUCAGGGGCACUUCUGAAAUAUUUUGCAGCCUCCUCUGCCACUGGUCAUCCAUCAAAAACCAUCAGCUUUUCAAAACUAAAGUUGGUUUAUUCGUACCUGAGCUCAACCAUGUCUCAGGAACAGCUCACUGGCCUUGCUAUCAUCAGUAUCAAUCACUCAAUAGGGGGCAGAUUUAGUAUGAUGACAUUAUUGAUGAUUUUGCAUCAAGGAAGGCCAGAAAGUGACGGCGAAAGAAACGGCCAACCGGCGCACGGGUUGUGGUCUGUACCAGCACGCGCACAGCUCAGCUCCAGCUAUAUCCGAGUCAGAUUGCCUCAGAGUUUUUCUCAACUGGAUCUACUAGUUCACAUUUCGCCUUUUACAUUCAAUAACACUGUCGUUUUGGAUCGCUUUAGAACCACCAGUUAUUCACAUCUAAGCACCUUCAGAACUGCCUUAAUUCUACGUGGCAUUGAUUCAACAAGGUGCUGAAAGCAUUCUUUAGAAAUGUUGGCCCAUAUUGAUAGGAUAGCAUCUUGCAGUUGAUGGAGAUUUGUGGGAUGCACGAAGCUCCCAAAGAUGCUCUAUUGGGUUGAGAUCUGUUGACUGUGGGGGCCAUUUUAGUACAGUGAACUCACUGUCAUGUUCAAGAAACCAAUUUGAAAUGAUUGAAGCUUUGUGACAUGGUGCAUUAUCCUGCUGGAAGUAGCCAUCAGAGGAUGUGUACAUGGUGGUCGUAAAGGGAUGGACAUGGUCAGACACAAUGCUCAGGUAGGCCGUGGCAUUUAAACGAUGCCCAAUUGGCACUAAGGGGCCUAAAGUGUGCCAAGAAAACAUCCCCCACACCAUUACACCACCACCAUAAUUACAUUAAUGAGAAAUUGAACAGGUGUUCCUAAUAAUCGUUUAG